CGGACCGGCGGCAGGAUGUUCAGCUGGAUGGGGCGGCAGGCUGGCGGGCGCGAGCGCACGGGCGGCGCGGACGCCGUGCAGACGGUGACCGGCGGCCUGCGUUCGCUCUACCUGCGCAAGGUGCUGCCGCUGGAGGAGGCGUACCGCUUCCACGAGUUCCACUCGCCGGCGCUGGAGGACGCCGACUUCGAUAACAAGCCCAUGAUCCUGCUGGUGGGCCAGUACAGCACGGGCAAGACCACCUUCAUCAGAUACUUACUGGAGCAAGAUUUCCCAGGCAUGAGGAUUGGCCCAGAGCCCACCACCGAUUCCUUCAUCGCUGUGAUGUAUGGGGAGAAUGAGGGCAGCACUCCAGGGAACGCUUUAGUCGUGGAUCCCAAAAAGCCAUUUCGAAAGCUCAGUCGCUUUGGAAAUGCUUUCCUGAAUCGAUUCAUGUGCUCCCAGCUGCCCAAUCAGGUCCUGAAGAGUAUCAGCAUCAUCGACAGCCCCGGAAUCCUGUCUGGGGAGAAGCAGCGCAUCAGCCGAGGGUACGACUUCUGCCAGGUCCUGCAGUGGUUCGCUGAGCGGGUGGACAGGAUCAUCCUGCUCUUUGAUGCUCACAAACUGGACAUCUCGGAUGAGUUCUCGGAGGCCAUCAAGGCCUUCCGGGGCCAGGACGACAAGAUCCGCGUGGUGCUGAACAAGGCCGACCAAGUGGACACGCAGCAGCUGAUGCGAGUCUACGGGGCCCUCAUGUGGUCCCUGGGCAAGGUCAUCAACACACCCGAGGUGCUGCGUGUCUACAUCGGCUCCUUCUGGGCACAGCCUCUGCAGAACACCGACAACCGCCGGCUCUUCGAGGCUGAGGCCCAGGACCUCUUCCGAGACAUACAGAGCCUUCCUCAGAAGGCAGCAGUGCGCAAACUCAACGACCUCAUCAAGCGGGCGCGGCUGGCCAAGGUACACGCCUACAUCAUCAGCCACCUAAAGAAGGAGAUGCCGAGUCUUUUGGGAAAGGAAAACAAGAAAAGAGAACUUAUCAGCAGGUUGCCAGAAAUCUACAUUCAGCUGCAACGAGAAUACCAGAUUUCUGCAGGGGACUUCCCGGAGGUCAAGGCGAUGCAGGAACAGCUUGAGAACUAUGACUUCAGCAAAUUCCACUCGCUGAAGCCCAAGCUGAUCGAGGCCGUGGACAACAUGCUGACCAGCAAGAUCUCGUCCCUGAUGAGCCUCAUCAGCCAGGAGGAGCUGAACAUGCCGGUGCAGCUCGUGCAGGGCGGUGCCUUCGACGGCACCUCCGAGGGCCCCUUCAACCAGGGCUACGGGGAGGGCGCCAAGGAGGGCGCCGACGAGGAGGAGUGGGUUGUGGCCAAAGACAAGCCGGUCUACGACGAGCUCUUCUACACGCUGUCACCCAUCAAUGGCAAAAUAUCGGGUGUCAACGCCAAGAAGGAGAUGGUGACCUCCAAGCUGCCCAACAGCGUCCUGGGCAAGAUCUGGAAGCUGGCCGACUGUGACUGCGACGGCAUGCUGGACGAGGAGGAGUUCGCGCUGGCCAAGCACCUCAUCAAGAUCAAGCUGGACGGCUACGAGCUGCCCAACAGCCUGCCCCCCCACCUGGUGCCCCCCUCUCACAGGAAGUCCUUUCAGAAGGCUGACUGAGGGGGCGCCCACCGGGCAGGCAGCGUGGGGUGGGACUCCUGGGACUCGGGCCCGAGGUCAUUGCCGCCACCGACUCACUGGGUGACCCUGGGCAAGGCACUGCCCUCUCUUUGCCUCAGUUUCCCCAUCUGUAGGAUGGGGAGGGCAGACACUGGACACUAGAUGAGGUCCUCUCACCUCCAAAAUUCCCUGAGUUUUCAUUAAAAUAAUGCGGGGAGGUGGGGUAAGGAGACUAUGUAGGGUGGAGAAGAAAGAAACUGACCAAAGAGCACCCAGAAGCCCGAGUGCGGAGGUGGGCUGCUGGGCGCCUGGGCCGCUCACCACGUACACCUGUGUCCCCCAGGGCAACCUGAGGGAACAAAGAUUAUUUAUUUUGUUUCCUGCUAUCUUUAGGGUAGAAAAAAGUAGAGCAGAGAGGGUUUCUGUUCUCUCCAAACUGUCUACCAAAGAGAAGACGUCGCCACCCGAGGCUUGAAAGGAGGGUGCUCCUGUUUGUGUGCCCUGAGCCCUCUGCCGCCCCGCAGAACAGGCAGCCGGGCGGAGCGCGCCCGUCCCAACACCUCCCGCUGCCCGGCCCUGCCAGCCCCACCCCCCGCCUCCCCAGCAAAGUUGUAUUUGGUUAGGAAUUUGUCAUUAAUUAGGAAUUAAUUAAUAACUCAUUUUAUUAGCCCUGGCAAGAUUUCUAGUAUUCAUUUCAAGUCAUGAAGUCCGAAGAUUAGCUUUUCUUGCUGGUCUGUCCAAUAAUUUGUAGCAAAGUCUAUUUAGCAUACUUAAACUACAGUCAGGAAAAGAGGUGGUUCUCCCAGUUGUCACUUAGACGUGUUACGUGUCCCCAAGGCUCCUCGGUCAGUGGCAGGAUUUAAACUCAGCAGAUUGUGUCUCCGUGAGCGCAGGGUCCUGGGCCUGCGGCCAGAGGGGACCGAGAAUGCAGCUGCCCGGGGUCAGGUAGAGGAGCUCGGUCCGCUAGAGGCGGACACGAUCUUCGUUUAUUUUAAAGAGAUUUUUUAUUAUGUCCAGGUUUUUUCUUAUAGGAUAAAUGCCUUUAUACAGAAACAGCUGUGUGGUUCAUACCGUGAAUGCCCAUCAUGAAGCAGGAUUUGGGCAGGACCCUAGAACAUCAGCUCCCUGAGGUCCUCGCCCAAGUCCCCCAGAUCAGCCCCUCUGGCCUUGCACUCAGAGGCCUGUGUGAGGGGCAGGUGGUCGGUGCCCACUUCCGCCCUCCCUGCUGCUAUGUGGGCUCCAGCUCGGAGCGUGGUCCUCCCACCGUGACAGGCAGUCGAAGGGAGAGACGAAAUAAUGACGGCUGCAGGGCGUGGGGUCCUGCCAGCACCAGAAAUGAAUGAAAUCAGAACAGCCCCACCUGAGCCUUCCAAAAGCCACUUUUUUAUUCCUGAUGUUACCUAUGACAUCAGAGUCAGAACUGCAGGCUUAAGAGAUAUUUUUUACUUUAAGAAACAUGUAUGCAGAUGCCAGCCCUCUGACUCCCUCGCUUGCUUCCUAAAUAAUUUUGUUUUAAGAGAAAUAAAUGCAU